GAGUGAAAUUAUAUUCUCAAAUUUGCUAUGGGAUAAGUAAUAAUUGUGCAAUAAUAUUAUUAAAAAAAAUUAAAAUUAAUCAUGGUUAAUUUAGGCAUAAUUUUAGAUGCUAUAUUUAGCUUUUUUUUUUUUUUUUUUUUUUUUUUUGUGUAUAUAGCACUUAUGAUUUCAAAAAAAAAACCAUGUUAGAAUCAUCUUGAAGAUUCAUCAAAUAAUUUGGGACAACCUCACAAUUCACAUGAGCGUCUCAUCUCAUCCAUCAUUCUACUUCCUUGAACACUUACUUGCUUGAACACUUCUCGCUAUAUUCACAGAUGAAUUCUACGGCAGUUUUCAACGCAUUUCUCUCUCAUCGUCCUUUUCUUUGCCUCUUCUCCGCCGCUCCUCCGCCGACGCGCUUCCCACGCCGCCAGUCGAUUCUCGUCUCUCUCACUCCCGCAUUUUCUCAAUUGGCGCCUCAACCUACCUCAGACAGACUCAAGUUCUGUGAUGGUACUUCCGAUGUUGAGCUACGAUUAUUCCUAAGAGGCAUGAGAGUGCAAAGUUCUAAGGAUAUACACGUGGAUGCUGAUGAAGGUUCCUUAGUUAUAAAAAUAAAACAAUCCGAAGGUGUCGCAACAUUGAUGGAAACUAAGCAGCUCUAUGGUAAGAUCAAACCUGCAGAAACUAUAUGGUAUCUUGAUGAUGAUGAAUUGGUUAUUAAUUUAAGGAAACAAGACCAGGAGUUGAAAUGGCCUGAUAUCGUGGAAUCCUGGGAAUCCCUUAAUAUUGGAGUCUUGCAGCUUCUCAAAGGGACAUCAAUCUGUUUAGUUGGAAAUUCCUCGGAGAUCAAUCAGAAGGUGGCUCAGGAGCUUGCAGUUGGUCUAGGGUAUACUCCACUCGAUACAAAAAGCUUGCUCGAAACAUAUGCAAGGAAAAGUAUAGACUCUUGGGUGUUAACAGAAGGACCAGAUGCUGUGGCAGAAGCAGAGGAAGCAGUUUUAGAGAGUCUAAGUAGCCAUGUUCGAGCCAUUGUUGCAACAUUAGGUGGCAAGCAUGGUGCUGCUGGACGAGCAGACAAAUGGCGGCAUCUUUAUGCAGGCUUUACUGUUUGGUUAUCACAAUCUGAAGCGACAGAUGAAGAUUCAGCAAAAGAAGAGGCAAUCAAGCAAGUCUAUGAUGGUUGUGAAUCAUAUUCAAAAGCUGAUGUUGUUGUCAAGUAUGACAGUUGGGAUGAUUGUCAUGCCAAAUCUGUAGCCCAGGCUUCCUUGAGUGCUUUGAAACAACUAAUUUUAUCUGAUAAAAAGCUCCCAGGGAAGCGCUCGCUCGAAUGAACUUGGGGCUCUUGGGCAUAGAAAAGAUGAGGGCAUGCUGCAGACUAAUCACUAUGCUAGUGUGCUAGUUGUUACACACUCAACAACGUUAGGUAAUUUAUACAAAUAUAUUAAAAGACGUUCCUAUUAAAGAAAUUGCGGUACGUGACACUCUUCUCAAGCUUCUAAACACAUGUUUAUAAUCUCAAUAAAAAAAUAUUAACAAUGUGUAGUUACUAUGAUUCGAAUACAUGACCCUUGAAAUGAAAUGUGAGAGUUUAACCACUAA